CAAUGGCCGCCGCCUGCAGCAGGAAUCAUCACAGGGAGCCUCGGCAGUCAGCGCUCAGUCUCUUCUCCACAGGGAACAACAUGUCGUUUAAACCGCUCUGGACUCUGGCUCUGCUCAUUCUGACAGUGAGCCGGUGUUUUGCCGACGAUGAACACGAAUUGGAGGAGUUUCUGAAGCGGGAGUAUUCCCUCUCCAAACCGUACCAAGGUGUGGGAUCCCUAGGCUCCUCCCACUGGGAGCUGAUGGGGGAUGCCAUGGUAACCACCGAGCAGGUGCGCCUCACACCUGACAUGCAGAGCAGACAGGGGGCGGUGUGGAGCCGCAUGCCUUGCCAUCUGAAGGACUGGGAGAUGCAGGUUCACUUUAAGAUUCACGGGAAAGGAAAGAAGAACCUGAAUGGUGACGGGCUGGCCAUUUGGUACACGAAGGAACGCAUGCAGAAAGGUCCUGUGUUUGGAAAUAUGGACAACUUCACUGGCCUGGGUGUGUUUGUGGACACGUAUCCCAACGAGGAGAAGCACCUUGAGGCACAGAAGAAGAGAUACACUCCUCGCGAACAGAGGAUCUUCCCCUUCGUUCUGGCCAUGGUGGGAAAUGGCAGCAUCAGCUACGACCAUGAGCGGGACGGUCGGCCCAGUGAGCUGGGCGGCUGUAACGCCAUGGUGCGCAACCUCAAACACGACACCUUCCUCUUCAUCCGAUACGUCCGCCGCAGGCUGACGGUGAUGAUAGAUAUCAACGGGCAGCAUGAGUGGAGGGACUGCCUAGACAUACCCGGGGUGCGGCUGCCAGAAGGCUUUUACUUUGGAGCAACCGCCAUCACUGGAGAUCUCUCAGACAACCAUGAUAUCAUUUCACUGAAACUCUACCAGCUGACAGUGUUGAGGAGUAAAAAGGAAGAGGAAGAGGAAGAGGAAGACAAAAUAACCAUCCCCAGUGUUGAUAACAUGGACCUGCUCAGAUUGGAACAGGUUGAAGAGAGGAUGAGUGGGAUAGCCAUUUUCUUCACAGUGCUCUUCUCCAUGCUGGGUUGUAUCUUUCUCAUCGUCAUCGGCCUGGUGGUGUACAGCCACUGGAACGAGAGCCGCCGCAAGCGAUUCUACUGAGGAAAGACCGGAGACGGGGGGAAAAAAAGUAGGUGACGUUAUUGUGGGUAACUACUGUACUGCGGUCCUCGGACCCCGAACUGCACAAGAGCAAGACGCUACUGUCGACCAGCGGAGUGCAGCAGCUUGUUGUAUCCUGACAGGAGAUGGAGUAAAUGUAUCACCUGCUACAAAAGCCAUUCUCCAGCUCUGCUACAGAUUUUCACAAAGCAGCAGGAGGACCUGAUUUGUCCUCAUCUCCUGGCUGACACGCACCCACUCGGCCUUAUCAUCCCGCCUCUGGAUUUGUUACACACAGACGUGCAGUUCAGGACAUUACAUGACUGCUUUUGUUACCUUUCACCGCAUUUGAUGGAAAUGGAGAAAAUUUACAAUUUUUACUUCACCAAUUUUGGUUUUAUGGCUUUGAGAAUUUUGAAUAAAUAUAAGCACCUGAAGAUUUGUUGAUCGCAGUUUGACCUCAUGUGCGAACCAAAUAAAACUGAUGUCAUCUCUACUGAAGCCCCCCGCUGAAUAAAGACACAUCAUACACAUCAUUUCAACUCUGUGUAUGAACUAUAAUAAGCUGUAUAUUCUCACCCUGUAGUUGCUGUAGUUUGCAUGACAUUCGUUGAGGUAAUUCUUUUUUUGGAAUUGUCCAAACUGCCACAUGUACUUUGUUUACACUGUGCUUGAGCUUUUUGUGUGUUUGUGUGCAGACUAUGAAAACUUGACUUUUGCCUCAUUGGUGCAUGUGCUGACAAAGAUUUGAGUAUGUCCAGGAAAUAUUUAACUUAAAUUUAUAUUAUAGCAAUAUUCAAUUAAAGAACAUAUUUAUAUAUUAGCAGGGCUUAUUUCCGUUUAUUUAAUAAAUGUACAUGAGCAAAUCUGAUCAAAGUCAGGAUCAGUUUACAGUAAAUUCUUCCACAUAUAUUUAAAGUAAGAUUUUAGACUUCCUGUGAUUUUUAGAAAUGUAUCUUUGCACUGAAGAGAGAAUUGAAAUAAAUACGUUUUUAAUGCUGCUCAUUUAUCACGUCUUUAGCAACAGAUGCUUCUUUUCUCUGCCCAUUGAACACUACAGUGACCUUUUGUCUGUGCUUCUUGUGUUGCAUGUAUAAACAUCUCCUGUUUUCCUGUGAAGUGCGUCAUACAGUGAAUGUUUCUGCAGUGGAGUCUACAAACUCGCUGGUUCUGCCUCAGGCUGCCUCUGAUAUAUAUAUACUGAACUGUAAGACUGAGCCAGCAGUUGUUCACUCUUCUAUAUGUUCUGGAAUUAUGUUUUAAGUGGUGCUUUGUUUCUGAUUGUGCAAUGUAUAAGGACUCACUCUUCUCCUGGAGCCACUUUGACAAGACACUCUACCUUAUAUUACGUUUACCUCUGUCAAAUAUUUGUACUCUGUCUAUUUGUGUGUUGGUUUGUUUGUCUGUUUGUAAGCAAGAUUACGCAAAACUACUUUCAACAGAUUUCCACAAAACAUAGUGGAAGGAUGCAGUAUGGGUUUAAGAAGAAACCAUAACAUUUUUUUUUUAAUGUUUAUUUUGUUGUGGCAUUUUCAAUAAUUUCCCAGUGAAUAAUUCAUAGAUUAGAAAAAUCAGGCACAUUAAGUGGACUGAUAUUUAUGAUUGUGUACAAUAUGGUGCAGCUUGAUUGAAUUUAAUGGGACUGUUGGGCCCUGGUGGAGGUUUCUGCUCUAUUGAGUGCCAUUCUAGUUUUAUUCUUUUGUUUGUUGCUUCUUUGAAAACUGUGCCUCGUGCAUCCAUUUUAUUUUAGAAACAUUUAAUCCUGUUGCUUUGUCCAAAACUAUUUGCCUUGCCUCAUUAAAAACCAAACAGACCUUGCCUAACUUC